GGGUGUGGCAGAGGCCUGUAAAGGGGAGUGUCCGUGUAACAAAACCAAGCCCUGUAUAUGUACCGCAGAUUACCAGCCUGUGUGUGGUGUAAAUGGACAAACAUACGGAAACGUAUGCGGAGCUAACUGUGCUGGUUUGGACGUUGAGUGUACAGGUGAAUGUCCAUGUAAGAGUCAAAAGCCCUGUAUGUGUACGCGGGAAUUCAGACCUGUGUGUGGACUAAAUGGGAAAACUUACAGUAACACGUGCGAGGCGAAGUGCGCGGGUGUGUCGGAGGCCUGUAGAGGGGAGUGUCCCU